GAAACCCCAGACAGCCAGCCGGUUGGUUGCUUCGCCGGAGAAGAGCAGUGCGCGAUGGCAGCGGCGGAGGAGGAAACAGCGGCCGCGCCACCGAGCGGCGUGGGGAGCGAGACCGCGGCGAUGGAUGGGGAGGAAAGGGAGGAGGCGGCGGCGGAGUACUCAUGGCCCCAGCUCCGCUUCGACCGCCCGCCUCGCCGGCUCUACCACUUCUCCCGCCAGUUCCGCUCCGCCGCUUCCGCUGGAGGUAGCGGCGGCGGCGAUAACUUCCUCAAAGGCGUCAAGUGGUCGCCCGACGGAUCCUCCUUCCUCACCAGCUCCGACGACAACUCCCUCCGCUUGUUCUACUUGCCGGAGGACGCGUACAGUGCGGCGGAACACAUUGCCGAGGCCGCCGUCGGAGGUGAAGAUUCUUAUGGCGCAUUCCUUCAGGUGAACGAGGGUGAGCCUGUGUACGAUUUCUGCUGGUAUCCGUGCAUGUCCUUGUCUGACCCAGCCACCUGUGUCUUUGCAAGCACCAGUCGUGAUCAUCCGAUACACCUCUGGGAUGCCACCACUGGGGAGCUCCGGUGCACUUACAGAGCAUAUGAUGCCAUGGAUGAAAUAACAGCCGCACUUUCAGUUUCUUUCAAUUCUACUGGAGCUAAGCUCUUUGCUGGAUACAAUAAAGCAAUAAGAGUAUUUGAUGUUCAUCGGCCUGGUAGAGAUUUCGAGCAGUAUUCUUUACUUAAGGGAGGUGAAGGACCAACCGGUAUAAUAUCUUCAAUUUCAUUCUCUCCGCACAAUGGGAUGCUUGCUGUUGGCUCAUACAGCCAGACAACUGCUGUGUAUGCAGAGAGUAAUAUGGAGCCUUUGUAUGUCUUGCAUGGCCAGCUUGGUGGUGUUACACAGGUGCUUUUUUCAAAAGAUGGGAACUAUCUCUACACUGGAGGACGCAAGGAUCCAUACAUAUUAUGUUGGGAUAUUCGUAAUACUGUGGACAUUGUUUACAAGUUGUACAGAUCAGCUGAUACUACUAACCAAAGAAUAUAUUUUGAUAUUGAGCCCUGCGGUAAACAUCUAGCCACUGGUGGGCAGGAUGGCAUGGUCCAUGUGUAUGACCUUCAAGGUGGUCAAUGGGUAACAGCCUUCCAAGCAGCAGCUGAUACUGUAAACGGGAUGUCCUUUCAUCCAUACCUUCCAUUUGCUGUAACAUCAUCUGGGCACAGAAGGUUUGGCAUGCAAGAUGAGUUUGAAGAAGACUUAAACUUGGCAGGUGAUGAGAACUGCUGCUCUGCCUGGAUGUUUUCUUCCUCGCAAGAAGCUUGAAACCGCAUCAAACCCUGAGCAUUGAGGGGCGAGUGAAGAUAUUGGAUUUUAUAUAGGUGUGGAAACCAGAUGGUGCAAUCUGAUUGCAAUGGACGGUGAUUGUAUCAGACUGAGGCUGGAUUCACAGAAUUUGUUGCCCUUUAGCAUUACAGCAAGGUAUGGAUGCAAACUUAAGGCAGCCCCAUAUAGAUCCCAUCAAGGUGCGAUUCAUGCCGUUAUUGUUCUUGUGCACGGAGCAUUGAGCCAUUGACCACUUCCUGUUGUGUUGCGUGACAAUUGAGGUCGGCUAAUGUAUUCAGUGACGACUAUAUAAUCUAUGGCUUAUUUGAGGCAGCAAAUUUGUAUCGUGAGACGUACCAAUGGAAUUUGCUGACAUAUACUCAACAUUUGGUCCUGAACUAAAAGUUGUUCGCAAGUUCUUGCUGGGAACCUCGUUGUCACUGCAUAACUAGAUAUAUAUAAAAUGACAUUGUAUGAUGUGGUAGACAAAUUUUGGAUUUCCUACUGAAUGGAUCCCAUGUUACGUUCAAUUGAACAACACAA